AGCUGAUUCAGGGAACCACUCGGACAGGUACCUAGGCACUCAAGUUUCUGUGAGGUUUGUCUCUUCCUCCUUCUCGGAUUUCCGCCUCUGCCACAGCCCACGACGUCCUCCGGGGACGAAAUCUCUCGACCUAGCAGCAGACGACAUCAAUUUUCAAGAUCGAAACACAGUGGCAUAGAGUUUAGGAGAAUGGCUCCUAUGAGCAUCAUCGGCAUGAGCAACGGCCAGGGCGGCACGCGUCCUGGUAUUCAGGGUACUAACGGGGACCCCUCCGACUGGUGGGAUGACGAGAAUGGCGACUUGACGAUCCAGCACCAGAACUGCAUGUGGAACGUCCACAGUGCCAUUGUCAAAGAGUCGGGCUGGUUCCGGGCCGCGACCCAGGACAUCCGCUUCAAUGGCGUGCUUGACGUUCCCUCGUUUGGCGAAGUGAAGACCGCGAAUAUCUUGCACGAGGUCCUUGCCUUCCUGCAUACCGGAGAAUUCGCCUGCAACGUUUGGGAGGAAGUUCCGUCCUUCCUUACGUGCAUCCAUGCAUACUUUGUCGCCGAAUUCUUCGAGAUCGAGGCUCUGAAGAAGGAAAUGGUUUCGCGAAUCAAGAACCUCUCCAAGAUCGUUAUCUCCAUCUACGGCAAGGACCGAAAGCCGCUGUGGCAGAUCGGCGAGACCGAGGAGAAAACCCAUCUGCGCUCCUUCCUGCGGGCCGUCACUGAGACGGAGACGAAGUUCGACUGGCGUGCGAAGUUGCAGAAGGCCCUCUACGAUUCUGGAGAACGGAUGGCGGCCCGCCUUCUGGAACUGCCCGAGUUCCAGGAGUUCGUUGCCACCGAGAUUGGCAAGAACUUUUCUCGAGCAAUUGGUCUCCGGGACUUUUGAGAGGACUGCUCCUGGAAUCGGAUUCCGUUGAAGAUGCGUUGGCAAUCCCCGUCUAGCUGAUCGUAGAGUUUACCUUUUCAGGGGAUUUCUCAGGGUUAGACAUACAGGGAUAAGUGCUAUUGGCAGCUCUAUUCAAACAAUGGAAUCGUACAGAAGGCCCAUAGGAGGAAUGGCUAUCACAGAAACUCGCCUGUCCCAGCUCUUUCAACCACAAACUUCUUU